AUGGCUCUUGAAACGGAUAAACAAAAUCCUAGAGAAGCCAAAAAACUUGGUGGAAAAUUUCAGCGUCAUGACUCCCUAUAUGGGGAUGCAGAAAGAGUAUCAGGCACAGGAUACCAUGGCUCUGAGGAUAAUUGGGCUCGAACGUUGCAUUUGGCAUUCCAGUGCAUCGGAGUGAUAUAUGGUGACAUAGGCACAUCACCGUUGUAUGUGUAUGAAAGCACCUUUACAAGUGGUAUCAACAAUGUUGAUGACCUCUAUGGAGUCCUGUCACUUAUUCUAUACAGCAUGAUUCUUCUACCUAUGAUCAAGUAUGUCUUCAUUGUGCUGUAUGCAAAUGACAACGGCGAUGGUGGCACGUUUGCACUUUACUCAUUGAUAUCACGGUAUGCAAAAGUGAGCUUGAUUCCAAAUCAGCAAGCAGAUGAUGCAAUGGUCUCAAACUAUAGCCUAGAAACAGUGUCAGCCCCUAUGAAGAGGGCUCAAUGGACAAAAAAGAUGCUGGAAAGCAGUAAGGUGGCUAAACUCGUAAUUUUCCUCCUUACCGUACUGGGCACCUCAAUGGUUAUCAGUGAUGGUGUUUUGACCCCAGCAAUAUCUGUGAUCUCUGCGGUAAGUGGUCUCCAACAAAAAGCACCUCAUCUGAAACAGGAUCAAAUGGUAUGGAUCUCUGUUGCCAUUCUGGUGGUGCUGUUUGCUGUUCAGCGUUUUGGCACAGAUAAAGUUGGCUACUCAUUUGCACCCAUUAUUCUUCUGUGGUUCCUGUUCAUUGGUGGUAUUGGAAUUUACAACUUAAUCAAAUACGACAUCGGUGUUCUGAGAGCUUUCUAUCCAAAAUACAUCAUAGACUACUUCAAAACGAAUGGAAAGGAUGCAUGGAUCUCCCUUGGUGGCAUCCUAUUAUGCUUUACAGGCACAGAAGCAAUGUUUGCUGAUCUAGGACAUUUCAACAUAAGGUCGAUUCAGCUCAGUUUCAGCUUUAUUCUGUUCCCGUCAGUGUCAUUAGCUUAUAUUGGUCAAGCAGCAUUCCUUCGUAAACACCCAGAACAUGUUUUUGAUACUUUCUAUAAAUCAAUUCCAGGACCACUGUUCUGGCCAACCUUCAUAAUUGCUGUCUCUGCUGCGAUAAUUGCAAGCCAAGCUAUGAUAUCUGGUUCAUUCGCAAUCAUUUCACAGUCACAAACAUUGGGCUGCUUUCCAAGGGUCAAAGUACUCCACACCUCAAAACUUUAUGAGGGGCAGGUGUACAUUCCGGAAGUAAACUUUGUUCUUGGGUUUCUUUGUGUGAUAGUAACAUUGGGCUUCAAGACAACAACUAAUAUUGGAAACGCAUAUGGAAUUUGUGUUACUUCUGUGAUGGUUAUUACAACUAUUCUGCUUGUAGUUGUGAUGGUUCUCAUAUGGAGGGUGAGCAUUUGGCUGAUUAUACCCUUCUGCCUGGUAUUUGGUUCCAUAGAGCUUGUCUAUCUUUCUUCAGUUCUAUACAAAUUCAAACAGGGAGGUUACCUACCUAUUGUGGCUGCAACAAUUCUCGUGACAAUCAUGGGUGUUUGGCAUUAUGUCCAUGUGAAGAAAUACUGGUAUGAGCUUGAGCACAUAGUUACAAAUAAAGACAUGGGAGAACUCAUUCAAGCACAUGAUGUAAAAAGAACUCCUGGGGUAGGCUUCCUGUAUACAGAAUUAGUGCAGGGUGUCCCACCAAUUUUCCCCCACCUCAUUGAGAAAAUACCAUUUGUUCAUUCAAUCCUAGUGUUUGUUUCCAUCAAACACCUGCCGAUCCCUCAUGUCGAGGUUGCAGAACGUUUUCGCUUCAGGAAAGUUGAAUCAAGAACCUCCAAGAUGUUCCGGUGUGUGGCACGAUAUGGGUACAGUGAUAGAAUUGAAGGGGCAAAGGAAUUUGCUGCUUCCCUGAUUGAAGGUCUCCAAUCAUAUAUUGAAGAAGGGCAUUUUAUGACAAACAUUCAGGAAACUGAGGCUGAAACAACCUCAAUCACAGAGAGUAACACAAGAACACGUAAAGCCAGUAGCUCCACGGUGUACAUUGAAGAGGCACUGAGGCCAAGUGAAACUACAGAUCUCACCCAACCUCGCAUAAGCAGCUACUCAGGACACUCAUCUGGAAGGAUCAGUGAAGACCAAUCCCGCACAAUUGCAGAAGAAAAACAAUGUAUUCAGAGUGAGCUGCAGAAAGGAGUGGUCUAUAUUCUUGGAGAAACUGAAAUCCAGGCAGGACCAAAUUCUUCCUUUUUCAAGAAGAUUGUUGUCAACUACAUGUACUCGUUCCUGAGGAAGAACUUCAGGCAAGGGGAGAAGGCUUUUGCAAUCCCAAGGCAGCAGGUGCUCAAAGUGGGAAUGGUAUAUGAAAUUUAAGCAUCAUGAACAGACUAUAGCAUUGGUUCCUCCUCUUUGGCAUGGGCCAUUACAGGUUUGUGUUUGGAGUGUCCUUGGCAACAUGAUUUAUGUGUGUGUUUAUAAGCUUGUGAUGAAAUAUAAAUAAUGUACUAGCGUGUUACAUGAAGAUUUGUAUCAUGUGUCUGGCAACACACCUACGCCCUAGGGUAGGCUUGUUUAUUAUUCUUCGCACCAUUGUAAUCAUUGGCCUUGUUUCGUAUGGUACACCUGCCUAU